CACAUCUCCUCCCACAUCUCCCUCUGACUCUUUCCCGUGGGCUACACCAAGCUAAAAUAUUAGCCACCUUCAAGAUUGCAGCCGUCUAUCAUUGUAACAUUUUGCUCAUAAUGGCUACGGAAAAACCCGUCACGGUCGUUGAUGAGGAAGCCGAGCUUCAACCCGCGGCGACGCCGUCUCCUACGGACGACCAGACUGCCGAAACGGCCUCCCACAACAAACCCCAUAGUCACGCCGUUCAACUGGUUCCGCCGAAAGACUGGCCAGCGAAAAAGAAAUGGAUCUCACUCAUGAUACUCUCAAGCUUCGCCUUCGUCCACCCACUCUCGGAAACAAUGAUAGCUCCUUCUAUGGACGCAAUUGCACGGGAUCUUCACUUUACAGACCGCUACGACUCGAUGCUGUGUCUAUCGAUCUUCCUCGUCGGAAUCGCUGUUGGGCCACUUAUCUUCGCGCCUCUUUCUGAGGUGUACGGACGGAGACCUAUCUUAUUGUCCGGUGGAGCUUUCUACACCCUCUGGACCAUUGCCUGCGGUUUUGCCAAAACGCGAGCCCAAAUCUUCACUUUUCGCGUUUUCUCUGGUUUUGGCGCCAGCGUCGCCCUUGCCCUUGGCGGGGGUGUCAUUGGCGACGUCUGGAAAGCAGAAGAAAGGGGAAGAGCUCUGGGGUGGUAUCUCCUCGCCCCUCUGCUGGGUCCGGCGAUAGGCCCGAUUGUUGGGGGCUUUAUAAGCGACUCGGAGUCCUGGCGCUGGGUUUUUUGGGCGUUUUCUAUCGCUUCCGCGGCUUUUUUACUUGUCGCUGCUCUUCUCUUCCCUGAGAGCUACGAACCACGACUCCUCGAGCAGCUCGAACGGGCAAACAGGACCAACGUAUCGCAGUUCGGGACGAAGAAACAUAUCAAAACCGCUUCAAAACUUUUGCGACGCAGCCUUAUACGACCAGUGCGUAUCAUAUCGACUCAGCCCACUGUGAACAUCCUGGCUGUCUUCAUGGCGCUGCUUUACGGUAUCAUGUUUUUGUUCCUCUUUACUUAUCCGCUUUUAUGGAUCGGGGAAUAUCAACAGUCUGUUGGUAUUUCAAGUUUGAAUUACAUUUCCGCUGGUCUCGGAUUCACCCUUGGAGCUCAAAUUGCUGGCCAUGUCAACGACCACGUCUACGCCAAAUUGAAGCGUCGCAAUGCAGAUGAAGGCAAACCCGAGUACCGAGUGCCAAUUCUCGUUCCAGGUGCAGUUCUUGUUAUUAUCGGCCUGCUGAUAUACGGCUGGGCCGGUGAGUCAAUAACUCACUGGAUUGUUCCGAACAUCGGCUCCUUCAUAUUUUGCACUGCCUGCAUGCUGUGCACUUCUGGUGUGAAUACAUAUGCCAUCGAUGCCUACACGCAAUAUGCAGCAUCCGCUAUCUCGGCUCUCAAUGUCUUGCGAAACGUCACCGCGAUAUUAUUUCCCCUUUUCGCACCAUACAUGUAUCAACGACUUGGUUUUGGGGUCGGGUUCAGCAUUUUGGCUGGAGCAUGGGCUGUUUUCAGUUUCUUGGUUAUUGGAACAAUGUGGUUGUGUGGCGAAAGACUCCGGACAAAGUAUCCGUUUUCAGCGUGAGAGGGAGUGUACGGUCCAUUAACUGAUAGGAAAGGCCGAGGAAGGUUCCGAAGAGACAACGGGGGGGAUGGCUGUACAGAUUGAAAUCGAACGAAUAUUGUAAGCAGCUAGUAGUUGUGGCUGAAAUGACAUC